AGUAAUUAAUUUCAUAUCACGAAAUUACCUUACUUGGGAGACUGACAAAUAAACAUAACUCAUAGCGACAGUAAAUUAAAUUAUAUAUGUCGCUUCACCAAAUAGGGAAAGCUAAAAUAAAAACAGUUAUUUAUUUAUUGUUAUGGUAAGUGUAUAUAAACCAGGGGCUAAUGAGUUUUGUCACAGUCCAAUUUGCAAUUUGCUUCGUAAACAUCCCAGAGUAGCAGAAACCAAGCCUAAAAUGAGACUGACGGCAUUGAUCGUGUUGGCGGUGGUCGCCCUUUUCGCAGGUGCUGUAGACUCAGCUCCAAGCCCUCAGACCCAGCAGAACAAAGGGCUCGAUCUCACUAAACUGCCGAAAGCGAUUGCAUUAAUAGCUCGAACUCCACUAAAUCAGAGAUAG